AUGACAGAAGGUCAGGACUAUAUCUACACGGGACAACAGGCAGGGGGUGGGUUCGUCCCUUACCAGCCCAACCACAAUCAGUAUAUUAGUCCGUCGGAUAUCAUUCCUUUUCGACAAUCACCAGCUGGUUUCCAGACGUUGGACUCUCCGCAGCAUGGGAGUUAUUUACACCCCGAUCUCCAGACCUCCGAUCUCCCGGUGCACCUAAGACAGACUCUUCCGCAGUACCGAUUCCCCUCCACGCCUAGAACUCAAGUCAUUAACUUCCCUCAGAAUUCUGUGAACCAUCCAUUCAGCCAAUUCUCGUAUCAGAACCAAAACCAAAACACGGUACCAAGAAAACUGGUCAGCUCACCGUCGUCCUUCCAAACUCAGAUCCCGCAGAAUUUAGGAUCGUACAAUCAGGAUGCGCAAAAUUUGCAGCCAACAACAUUGAGACCGAAUUAUUCGCACCUAUUCGCGAAACAUCAUAACCGAGAUCCUUCUCAGACUGAGACCUUCCUCGGUGAAAUAACUUUACAGAAUCCAGUAGAAGCGCCUGCGCAAUACGAAGAGUUUAGGCCGAGCAGACCGUUCCCAGAAAAAAGUACAGACUUCGGUGAUGUGCUGGAAGAGAGUGCUGGAAAUUCAAUAGGAGGAGCUGGCAAGAACGCAUUCUUAAAUCACAGGGCAAGAAUCGUAGCUCCAGAUCCAAGUAAACCAACCAGCAAAACUGUAGUGGAUGAGUACUUCGUUGACUCGAAUGGAGACGUGUACAAUCCUACGGCUGUUUCUAGUACAACAGAAAUACCUACCACACAAUCAGCCUCUUCGGAACAGAGGUCUGUCAACAGAGUAAAAACUAAAAAGAUAAUAUCUAAACGACCAAAAACUGUCGACUUGGAGCCGCUAUUGGAAGAACCGCUCAAGAAAAAUUAUGGUUCUAACAACGACGACGAAGUUGAAGUGAUCAAGUCUUCGAAUGCUUCCCACGAAGCUAUUAAUUCCCAUGAACACUCGGAAGAUGAAGCUUACACUCACGAACCAUUUGAUAGCACUGAAUUUUACUCAGAUGAAAUUUAUUCGUCUCAUGAAGCUGGUCAAGUGGAAAAUUACAUUCACGGAAACGAAGAAAAUGAAGAGCAUGACGACAUAAGUGAAGAACGAAAGCUUAAGCUGGAACCCAGUCUGCCAAUUACCAAACAUAGUUCUCAAGAAGCUAUUACUGUAGAAGCUACCAAACCUGCAGUAGUUCACACAGUUCCUUCUUCUGUUGAGGAGAGUGUGAAACAAGAGCCAGAACUAGUUACUUCCGUAGUGACGAGUAAAACAGUUGUCAACAAUACAAUCAUAGCUUCAGCAACGCCCAAUCCAGCCCCUACAACUCCUUUGAAAACAACAACUGAUCCUUCGUUCUCGAUAGACAAUACUACGGAUACAUGGGUCGUUAUUGCUUCAGUGCAAACUAGUAGGAGUGUCUCUGGUGCUAGAUAUCUUCCAUCUUCGAUAGUAGAGCAAGAUGUAAGAGUUAAACUUCUAAAUGAGCACUCCAACGAAGAAUUGAGCCAACAUCACACAGUACCAAAAACUGAAUUUGAGGAGGAUUAUGACGAAACUACUACAGAAGAAACGACAGUGGUUACUACUCCUAAAUUACGCACCUCCACGGAAAGUCUGAACGAUAAAUUGGAUCGAGUCCAAUCCGAUCUAUCCAGUGGACUUUUAACAGGAGGAUUGGGCAAUAACAUAGCAGUCAUCAAAGAGCAUUCUCCAGAAAAGAUGGAAAUAUCCUCAAUGGAAGAAAUUACAACAACUACUCCAAAACUUCCCUACCCGCAAGUAAAUAUCAGGAAGUACUCGCCAAGUAAUCGAAGAACUACAACAAGAAAGCCUCGUCCACGACCAGGUUUAAGGACGAAGAAACCAUUUGAUCCCAACCAACCACAAGGUGAUCAACCACGAAAGGUUGAUGAUCUUACUUCAUUUUUACCCCCUGGAUACAAGUUAAACGCCAGUGAUGAAAGAAGCUCGAAAUUAUUAGAAGAAAUUUUAAGUAGGGUAAAACCAGUUAAAGUAGAAGAUAAAAAAAUUGUUAAUAAGACUGAAUCAAGCACUGUAGCAACUACUACUACAACAGCCAAAUCUAACGAGACUGAAAAGACAACUGAGCACGGUAUUUUCAAGAAUACGAAAGCAGAUGACCUUUCCAAAUUUUUACCUCCAGGAUACAAGCUUCCGAAAACUGAAGGUUCCUCAACAACGGAAGAGAGUAUUUUCAAAAAUACAAGAGUCGAUGAUAUAUCCAAAUUUUUACCUCCUGGAUACAAGCUUCCUAAAGCUGAAGAGAGAACAACUGAAAGCAGUAGCGUAUUUAAAAAUACCAAAGCUGAUGAUAUCUCCAAGUUUUUACCUCCAGGAUAUAAAUUACCAAAAUCUGAAGAAAAAACUACUGAAAGUAGCAGUAUAUUUAAGAACACAAAAGCUGACGAUAUCUCCAAGUUCUUACCCCCAGGAUUUAAAUUACCUAAAUCUGAAGAUAGAACUACUGAAAGCAGCAGUAUCUUUAAGAACACUAAAGCUGAUGACAUCUCCAAGUUCUUGCCUCCCGGGUUUAAAUUACCUAAAUCUGAAGAAAGAACCACUGAGAGUAGCAGCAUUUUCAAAAACACAAAAUCUGAUGAUGUAGCCAAAUUUUUACCUCCUGGUUAUAAGGUACCAAAAUACAAAUCUUCUACUGAAAGUAGUGUAUUUAAAAACACCAAAGCUGAUGAUGUUGCCAAAUUUUUGCCUCCUGGAUAUAAGUUACCACGAACAUCCACCCAAAGUCCAGAAGAAGCUGUUUCUAUUAAAGUUGCAGAUCUUAACGCCUUUAAAGUGGACAUAUCGGCACUUUUACCGCCUGGAUACAAAGAUUCUUUACAAAAUCAUACCGUUUCAUCCAGCACACACAUUCCUGUUAGCUCUACAAGUGAAACCAAGCCCAAAACAGGUGGUGUAAAAGUUGUGUUUCCUUCGAGGCCUGGUGGAGGAACAAGGAGGUCUUCAAGUAGGACCACUCACAAACCAGUGCAUGAGGAAGCUCCUAGAAAUACUCCUCCUACCAUCCAUAAGGGAUGGCCUUCAAGAGCAACAACUGAAUUCACCGGCUGGCCAACGCCCUCUACUACUCCAAUUUCAAUCGAAAAACUUCUGGAGGCCGCUAAAGCUGCAGCUACUAGCACAACUCGUGCAGUUGAAACAACUGUAUCAACAACGACAACAACCACCACUACAACUACAACAACUCAGAAGCCAACCACGCCUGGCGUUUGCUCGAACGAAUGUGAUCUUGCUGGUACCAUUAAAUUGAUCGGAGGAAUCAAGUGGGUACCGGAGUAUCUAGAUAGAAAUACUAAAGAAUGGCAGGUUUUGGCUAACGAAGUUGAGAGUCAGUUGGAUUAUGUGUACAGUUCCUCUUCGUUGCUGAAUCGAUGGUAUAAGAAAAUCAGGAUAGAUGGAUUUAGUGAAGGAAGUGUCUUAGUCGACUACUUGGUUGAACUCAACGAUUUAGGUAGAAGGGUAAAUACUCAAGAGAUCAAAAGGCUUUUCCACGAGUCAUUGGACGAUGCGCUUUCAACACUUGGAGGAUCCAACAGGGAAGCAAAAUCAUUGAAUGAGUCUAUCAAGCUAGAAGGGAAGCUGGCAUUGGGAAAUUUCGUUGUGGAUCCAGCGUACACGGACUUUUUGGUGUUACCAAAACAAGUAUAUCCUACGGUGGGCUAUGCGGAAAAUGACGUUCUUCUUCCACAAUGGGCUAUUGCUGUAAUAGUCAUCGGAUUGGCAUCACUUCUCUUCGUCAUCAUCUUUGGAGUUACGGUGCUGGUAAACAGGCAGAAAAAUAACAAAAAGAAAGCUCCCACACCUUUAACUGAAGGUAUGCUAAACGAACUCAAUAAAAACCAUAUGGGAGGCAUCGACAAUUAUGGAGCAGAAGAUCUCUAUAACAUGGAAGAUGUGUGGAACGAGAGAGGUUAUGACCAAAAACCUCCCAAAAAGCGCUCCAGUGGAUCCAUCCACGACAACAGUAUGUCAAAUCUAUACGACAGUUGGCGAUCCGAAUGGAACGGCUACUAUUACAACGCCUACUACGGCAAUCCAGGAAGUAGCCACAGCGGCUACAAUGGAAGAAGAAGAUCGGAUUAUGACACAAACUUCUAAAAAUUAUUAUACGACAAUUUUAAGUUUUGAAACUGCCAAGAGAGUAAUUUUUAUUAUUUUCUAUCGUUUUAGAUCGAAAACAUGACGUAACAAUAUGACGAUUUAAAAUGUUUGUCUAAUUUUAUUAAGAAGUAAAGUUGGACAGACGUAAUAUAUAGUUUUACUUUUGCCUUUACAAAAAAUUUGACAAUUUUAGGAAAUAUUAUAGUUUUUAGUUUAAUCAAACUUAAGUGCAGUUGUGGAUUGGUUUGAAAGUCAAAAUCUUUUCAUGUAGAUAGCUAGUUAUACGCCAUACUUACUACUUUUUACUUCUCUGUACUUUGUACUUUAGUUUUAUUUCACCUCUGUCAAUGUAUUUAUUAUCUCAUCAAUUAUUAUUAUAGAGAAGCAAUAUUGCUGAAAAAUUAUUUACUGCUAUGAGCUAUUUCAUGUUUUUAAAAUAGGUACUGAUCCAUUACUUGUAUUUCAAUUUUCAGCUAGGAAGAACUAAGGUAGUGUAUAUUUUCUUCAAUCUGUUUGCAUCCACUCCUGAACUAAGGCCUCCUCGUGAAUUCUCCAGUCUUCUUUAUAUAUGCUGAUUGAACGGAAUAUGCUGAAUCCAGGGAAAGAUUGAACGAAGACGGGGUCCCGCUAGGGGCCAGAUUUCAUGGCAUUAAAAUAUCAGAGACUGGACCGGUCUUUAUUUUAACAUCUUUGUUUAGAGCCAAGUUGGACGGAGACAGAUUUGCCAGUGUAGUCACUAACCUCCACUAAAGGACACAGCCCCGCAAGAAGAAGUAGGAUUUUCGCCUCUGACGACUUGACUAAUAUUAAAAUACUUACCUUUUUGGGAGGUUUUUGGUCAUAACCUCUCUCGUUCCACACAUCUUCCAUGUUAUAGAGGUCUUCCGGUAUUAUUUGGUGACUUAUCUCGUGCUAUUCGUACUAUCCUAUCCUCUGCCAUUCUGCUAAUGUGUUCGUUCCACUCCUGUUUCCGUUUUGUCACUCAUCUAUUUAUGUCUUCUACAUUGCAUGAUCUUCUUAUGUUUUCGCUUUUCUCCCUAUCCAACAGACUUUUCCCUGAUAUUCGUCGAAGUAUUUUCAUCUCUGUUGUUUCUAGUAGUCGUCUCGUUUUAGAUGUGUCAGGUCUUGUCUCCGCCGUGUAUGUCAAUAUAGGUCCAAUUGCUGCUUUAUAGAUUCUUGCUUUUGUGUCUUGUCUUAGGUGUUUGUUCUUCCAGAUUGUGUCAUUUAGGAAUCCCGCCGCUUUAUUUGCUAUUAAGUUUUGUUAUCGUAAUUUCUCUUCAAUAUCUCCGUAACUGGUUAUAUCUAUUCCCAGAUAUCUAAUCCUGCUUUAUUAUUUUCCCAUCAAUUUCAAUUUUACAUCGGUGGGUAUUUAGAUGUUGUCAUAUAUUUGGUUUUUUCUGCUGAUAUUAUCAUAUUGUAUUUCUUGGCUGUUGUAUUGAAGAUGUGUGUUAAUCUUUGGAGAUCGUUUUCUGUCUCGGCGAUUAUUGCGGCGUCGCGCAUCGUCUGCAUAACAUAAUAUUUGGAUUUCUUUGUUCCCCAUUCUGUAACCAUGACCUUUACGUACUGCUUCUAUUAUUUCGUCCAUUAUUAUAUUAAAGAGCAGUGAGCUUAAUGAGUCACUUUGUCUGACUCCGCUUUAUACUGGUAUAAACUGCGUUAGUUUUCCAUUUAUUUUUGCCUGUAUUCGAUUAUGAAAAUAGAUAUUUUCGAUGGUUUGUAUAAUAUUGAUUGGUAUGUUUCUUCUAUACAGUAAAUGUAAGACGUCUUCGACUUAAAUGCGAUCGAAAGCCUUUAUCAGGUCUAUAAAACAUAGAUAUGCUGGUUUAUUGUACUCAAUGGCCUUUUCUGUGAUUUGUCUCAGUACAAAUGCCGUCGUCUACGCAGGAUCUUCCGGAUCUGAAUCCUUGUUGUUCAUCUGAUAAAGUUGUUAGUUUAUUGAUUUUGUUGGUUAGGACUUUUGUGGUUAGCUUAAGUGCGGUGUUCAGUAGAUUUAUACCGCUAUAAUUGUUGGGGUCUUCUUUGUCUCCUUUCUUGAACAUUGGUUAUGCUGUUUCUCCAUGUGUCUGGUAUCUUGCAGUGCAAUAUUAGUUUUUGUAUAAGUUUUGUCAUCUCUAGGGUUAUACUUUCUCCUCCGUAUUUUAGAAGCUCGUUGGUUAUUCUGUCUGGUCCUGGUGGCUUUCUGUUUUUGAGUGAAUUUAUGGCUAUCUCUACUUCCUGAAAGCUGAUUUCUAUUUCGUGUCUUAAUUCAGGUAGGUUAUUGUUUUGAUUUUCCUUUCCUUUAAAUAGUUCCGUCAAGUAUCUUUCCCAUUUUUUUACUGGUAUGUUAUUGAAUUCCUUCAAUUCUGCCUUUUCUUUCCGUUGGUUUCUUAUGAAUCUCCAUAUUAAUUUUUGUGUUCCGUAGAAGUCGCUUUCCAUCCUUUUUUAAAACUGUGCCAGUGUUAAUUUUUUGUUCUUCUUACCAACUGCUUUGUUUCAUUUCGUAUUCUUCUAUAGGUGUCUCUGGAUUCUGGAGUGUUUGAUGUUUUAUACUUGAUGUAGGCCUCUCACUUCUCUUUACAUUUCUUUUUUAUUUCUUUUCUGAACCAUGAUGUAUUGUUGAUGUUUCUUUUGUUCAGUAUGACUUUACGUUUUCCUAGAGCUUCUGUUGCUGCCUCUUCAAUGUUGUUUUUAAUUUUCUUCCAACUCGUAUUUAUAUCUUCGAUGUCAUCUAUUUGUUUCAGCUGUAUCUUCUGUGCUAGCCUCCUUUGGUACAUUUCUCUUGUAGAAUCGUUCCACAGUGAUUCUAUAUUGAAUUUUUCUUCGGUGAUUUCCUGUAUAAAAUGUUUUGGUGUUAUUUUCAUUCUUAUUUUUGCUAGGACUAGUUUGUGUUCACUCCCUGCGUCUGCCGAGUUUAAAGUUAGAAUAUCUAGAAUCUGCUUAGUUUAUUUAUCAAAAACUAAAAUGCAUAAUACAGAAAAGUAACACAAAUAAAUUCAAAACUAUCCACACUGACACUUCCAGAAGUAUUGAGUGGCAUUUAUGCGAAAAAUAUAUCUUAUGAUAAUUGAACUUUAAAAAAAGUUGUUUUUAUAAAAUAUUUACAAUGUCAACAAUUUAAUAUUUAAUUGUCAUUAACGUAGCUAAUUAAUAGAUGUUGCUCAAUUUUUUACGUCCCCCCUAAAGCCUUCUCCGUUUUUUCUUACAAAGACAAACGAUCUAGGUAAAGUUUAGAGAAAUGUGAGAAUUCGAAGUACUUACAGUAUAACUUCUGACAUUUUUGGUUAUUAAAAGUAUAUGUUAACAAUGAGUACCAGACAUCAGUCUCUAAUUGGCGCAGUCAGUAGGAUAUUUAAUAUAUAUUUUUUUCUCAUCUUAAUCUUAUUUACUCCUGCUUUUAUACGUUUUAUUUACUCAAUUUUGCUAAGGACAAUUUACUUAAGAAGAAAACAAACGAGAUAUAAUAUUAAAAAAUACCAUAUAUGGGCCUAACUAAAACAGUCAAGAAAACCUCACGGGAAUGAUUAAUUAUAUUAAUAGGAUGCCUAAUGACCUCUUGACAGGAAUCAUAAGAUAAGGACACCAAACGUAUAUAGAAUAACUAUGAGUAAUCUCAUACUUAGUUGUCUACCAGAAGAAGAAGAUAAAAGAGGUUCAGAGAAUUAACACAAGUUUCAGCCUUGCUAUGCAAUGUCCUCCUCUCUGGUAUUCAAGUAUCGUCGAGGUUUUCUCUGAAACUUUUGGUACAUUGCAUCUAUUGACCUGUUGGCUCUUAGGGCAGUCAAUGAGGGUAUGUGGCUCCGAAUUCCAUCCUACUAUAUCGAUAUACGUGAUAUUUUCCCAGUAAGAAGGGAAUGGCCCAAGAAACAAAGUCUACCCUAUGCCGAUGUGUGCUUUUGUCUUGGGGGCGGUUCCCAAAUGUUUUGCUUAAAUAACUACGGAAGUUGCUAGAGAACCUAAUACUAAGUAAAAACUGUUCUAUAAUUACUUUUUCGAAAACUCAAUACUUUUUUGAGUUAUUCCUGGUUGAAAAUUGGCCAUUUUCAUUGAAACAUAACACCUUUUCAAACGGUUUUUUGCGAAUACCUUAAAAACUAUGCAUCUAACUAAAAAAAAACAUACAAAACAUUUUUGUAGCUUAUAAAAUAACAAAGAGAUUCUUUCCUUUAUGAAUCUUCUAGUUAUAACACAAAAAGAGAUAUGGUAAGUAAAAAAAUUUGUUUUCUUGGUGCAUGCUCAAAUCAGUGUAUUUAACUUGAAAUAACAGAGAAACGGUCGAUUUUAGGUGUAUAAUUCUACCAAUAACUUUUGUUGUGCUUGAAAAAACCUUUAAAAUAAGCAAUAUUAAAUGUCAAUUACAUUCAAACUAUGCGAGAUAAACUGUAAAAAAUUUGAUGACUAACGUAUUUUAAGAAAAAAAUGAUAAGUAUAUUUAACCCCUCAUCCACAAGAAUUUAAAUGCAUCGUUUUCCUUCUACAAUACAUUUUACUAUAGUGUUCUUUUUAUGUUACAAAAGUUGGGCGGGUUUAAAAUGAAUGGUUUUUGAAAAAAAUAAGAUCAAAUUAUUGAGCGCAUUUUUAAAUUUUCUUAAAAAUCUUCCUAUUUCUCCAUGUAACUCGAAAAUGAUAAGAGACGCCAAAAAAAAAUGCCAUACAAAAAUGUAGGUUUUUUCUAGAUAAACAUUUUGAUUUUAUUUUUUAUAACAGUAUCUCUUAUCAUUUUCAAGUUACAUGGAGAAAAAGGAAGAUUUUUAAGAAAAUUUAAAAAUGCGCUCUAUAAUUUGAUCUUAUUUUUUUCAAAAACCAUUCAUUUUAAACCCACUCAACUUUUUAAACAUAAAAAUAACACUGUAGUAAAAUGUAUUGUACAAGGAAAACGAUGCAUUUAAAUUCUUGUGGAUGAGGGGUUAAAUAUACUUCUCAAUUUUUUUCUUAAAAUUCGUUAGUCAUCAAUUUUUUGCAGCAUAUCUCGCUUAGUUUGAAUGUAAUCGACAUUUAAUAUUGCUUAUUUGAAAGGACUUUUCAAGCACAAUAAAAAGUAUUGGUAGCAUUAUACACAUAAAAUCGACCGCUUCUCUGUUAUUUCAAGUUGAAUACACUUAUUUGAGCAUACACCAAAAAAACAAACUCUUUUUACCUACCAUAUCUCUUUUUGUGUUAUAACUAGAAGAUUGAAGAAGGAACGAAUCUCUUUGUUUUUUAUGAGCUACAAAAAUGUUUUACAUAAUUUUUUUAGUAAGAUGCAUUAUUUUUAAGGUACAUAUUCGCAAAAAACCGUUUGAAAAGGUGUUAUAUUUCAAUGAAAAUGGCCAAUUUUCAACCACGAAUAAUUCGAAAAGUAUUGAGUUUUCGAAAAAAAAUUAUAGAACCAUUUUUGCUUAUAAUUAGGUUCUCUAGCAACUUCCGCAGUUGUUUAACCAAAACAUUUUCCACCCACGAGAAGGGGUGGGAACCGCCCCCAAGACAAAAGCGCACAUCGGCAUAGGGUAGACUUUAAAUAAGGAGAUAUUUUCAGGCUGUUCCUAAAAUAUCAUUAAAAUCCAUGCAGUAGGAUAGAAUUUGGAGGUAAUAACCUAUUCUUGCUCUCAUUGACUGCUCUAUCUUAAUCCAUUCUGGUUUUAAUUGUUGUUAUCUCAGACAAGUAACUUUUGACCAACUACCGCUUCAUACAGACGUCAUCCCCCCAAGUGCGUGGUAAAUCUCACUAACUUAUAUCUGGCAUUAACCAAGUGCCUUCUUCUUCUUGAUCUGUCUAUCUAUAACGAAUGUUGCCUAUCUUUAUCUUAGCGUGGAAAAGCUGCACAGAUGUUUUGUUGAACUAGAUUCUGAGGUUCUUCAACCAGGAUGUUCUUCUUCUUGCUGGACCUUUCUAGAUUUCCAUGCUUUCCAAAUAUUUUUCCUUGCAGGAUGGUUUGUAGGAGGACAUAUCUGGAUUCAUUUCGCAUAAUGUGUCCAAAGUAUUCCAACUUUCGAGAUUUGAUGGUGGUCAGUAUCUCUAGGUUCUUCAUUCUUCUGAGGACCUUCUCAUUUGUAACCCGGUCAGUCUACGAGAUUUUAAGUUCAAUCUCAAAUGCUUAUAAAUUCCUGCAUAUAUCUUCGUUUAAGGUCCAUGAUUCAACACCAUAAAAAAGACAAAGAAGACGUAGCACUGCAGCAUUAUUUCUUUUAUGCCAAUAGAGUGAGGUUGAAGGCCCCCAUCAGGUUAAAGUAUCUUUUCCAAUGCGCGCUCGUAUCUCUUGGUCGUUACUCGAUUCUUCAUAUAUUAUGGUGCCGAAGUAGUUGUAGUGUGUCACUCUUUCUACAGGAGUUUGGUUGAUAUAGACUUGACCUUCUCUUAUCUUUGUCUUGCUAAUGAACAUAAGCUUUUGUCUUCUUUACGUUUACAUUGAGUCCAUGUUGUUGACUGUAAAACGUGAUUCUGUUCAUAAGGACUUGUAGGUCUUCUAGGUUUUGAAGGUAGGUACCUACAACUAAUAUCUAAUAACCAAAAAUGGCAUAUAUGUUAAACAAAUCGAUAAACCCAGGGCACAUAACAUUUUUUUUACUUUUUAAAUAGUGUUUUAAUAUGUUUUAAACUAUAGUACGACUAACAUUAUCAAAAUGUCGUGACCUGGAGUUGUUUUAGCUAAGCAAAAGCUCAUAGAAAGACAUGUUGUGACAUCUCUUAAUUGCAUAUAAAGCUUGCUUUCAUUUCAAAAAUGAUCGAUGUAACGUUAGGAGAGAGUUAGGCCUCAAGAAAUACUUCAUAGAAAAGUAACACGUCUUUUUCGACAGAAACGUUCUUCGGUUAGGACCAUACCAGAUAUGGUUUUCAAUUUUUUGUAAUUGCUGGUAGGUUAUUUGGGCGGUGAAUAGGUACAAUUUUUCUAAGAUUAACAAAAUGGUUUUUUGUAAGUUUUUGGUCCUAAUUUGUAAGUUCACGUUUAUAGAAAUAUUAUUCCAAACUAUUUGAUUAAGGGCUAUUGAUUGCGUUGACCCAUUAACUUGGAAAUAAUUAUCUGUUCUUAUAUAAAAAUAUCUUUUCAUAAAAUUUGUUAUAGGUCAUCAAAAUUGUCAUUAAUUUCAGUCAAUAGUUCUUAGUAUAUCAGAUUUAGCCAAUAUUUAAAAAUAUAUGGAAAAUUAGCCAGUCGACUCAAGCAAAGCUGCAAAUAAAACCCUUACAAUUGUUUAUAACAUAAAUAAUAUUAUAUUUUUUCUAAUACAUAAUAUUGUAACAUUCAAAUGAGCGUUCAUAUUUAAAUACGACUUUAUUAAUUUAUUUAAACAAAUUUUCUUUACAAAUCUCUAGCUUAAACUAAACUCAAAUAAAAGCGCGCUCCGCUUAAAUAGCAAAUAACGUUAUUCUCGAUCAUUCCAAACUUCGCCACCUCUAGCUAUUGCAUUUACCGAUUGCUAUAGCUCUAGCUAUUGCAUAGCACCGAAACAUUUUCAUUUCAGCUACUACCCACAUAACAAUUUCAUGUUCUUAGUAGAUUCAUAGAACAUACUUUUUAGAAAAAGUAUAUACUGAGAAUGUGCGUAAUUACCAUUGCGAAUGUGCAGAGCAGAUACUGAGUAUAUACUACAUUACAGUACUUAAACGUUCUAUGUAUAUACUUAGAAUGUACUACCGCACUUCUUUUCAGUAUAUACCAAGAAUGUUCUUUUUAGAACAUUCCAAGGACGUGCUAUAAACCUUCUAUGUGUAUACUUAGAACAUACUACCGCACAUCUUUUUAGUUUAUACCAAGAAGGUACUUUUUAGAAUAUUCCAAGGAAGUGCUAUAAACCUUCUAUUUAUAUACUAAGAACGUACUACCGCAUAUCUUUGUAUGGGAAGAAUAUUAUAUUUUUAAGAAUAUUCUAAGAAAGUGCUAUCAAGUGCUAUAUUGCUUAGAAGUAUGUUUUCAGCAUCACCUAAUCUCAUCUUAGGUUCUUUUGUUUCUACCAAAUAUCUAUUUACAUAUUUUAAUUGCAAAUGAGAAUGUAGUUAGUACCUACAUUCUACAAUAUUACUUAAAAAGUAAGUACAUAUUUAUAAAUUUUAGUUAUUUAUAUAAAUCAUUAUAUAAUAUUUAGCUAAACUAAACUAUGCAUAAUAAGUAACUAAAAUUUAUAUAAUACUUAUAUGUACUUACCUAUUUAUAUUGAGUUAUCAAAAUAGAUUAUAUGUAUUUUGAAGCACCGCAAACAAAAUAAACAGAUUAUGUAUGUUCUUUAGUCCUAGUACUACAUCAUUCGCCUUCAUCCUUAACACUGCAUAGAUCCAUCAUAGAUGAUACAAAUAAUGAAAUAAUGCCUGUUUUCUUUUUCAUAUUUUACGGUUUUUUCCUAUCCCUGAUCCAUUCAGGUAAGAAUAGAAAUGGUCAGAAUAUGAUGGUGAGAGGGGGGGGGGUUAUGAAUGUAUUGUGGAAUAACAAAAUCGGUGGUCAGUGUUGCCAAACGGAGAGAAAUUUCCCUUUUUGCGGGAAUUUUCAACAUAAAAGGUGAUAAAGGGAAAAAGUUAACUCAAAAGGGAAUUAUUGAUGUUCCAGUCCAAAUUGUAAAAUAUUAAGAAAAAAUCAAAAUAUUUGAAAAUAAUUCAACAUAUCUUCUCAGAUUUUGUAAACAGGAGGGAAGUUUUUUUUUUAUAAAAGUGGGAAUUUUUAAGGUAAGUUGACGGAAAAAGCUUACUCGAUGGUUGGCAACGCCAAAGCCUUUGGUUGCUUUGGUUGUGCAGUUUGGCACGUUUUGGUUCUGCGAAAUGGCCUAUUGAAUUGAAUGUACCUAAAUUCAAAUUCCAAGGAUGUAAAAAUACUAAUGAUUCAUGAUAAACUCGAAAUGGUAAAGUCAUUUCAAUUAUGAAAACGAAUUUUUAAUAGUAUCUAUGUAAACGUUAAUACAAUUAAUGUUUAAACUUUUUUACCCUACAACAAUUUUGAAAUGAAAUUCGUCCAAUACUACCUACAUACAUAAAUUUUAUUAAUUAUGUAUUCUAAAAAAUAACGAAGUAUAAGGCUAAUAUUAUACUUCCUAUACAUACAAAUUAUUUUUAAGAUAUUUUAAAAGUAUCUACUUAUAAGUAUGUGUUAAGAAUGUACUUAUAAGUAUGUGUUAAGAAUAUUCGAUAAAGGUAUAUUCUAAGAAUAAACUUUUACGAAUAUUCCGAGAUCCUACGUACACGAAUAUACUUAGUAUAUUCGGUACGAGAAUAUACUUUGAAGUAUAUGCAAAGAACAUGAAAUUUAGAAUGUUUUUUAAGGUAGAUGCUAUGCUUGUACUACACAUAUACUAAAAAGAAUAUACUCCGACGAAUGUUGGUAGUAUAUGCUUAGAACAUGAUGCGAACAUCAUUGUUAUGUGGGUAUCAACCUUUCUCCUGAAUCUUCCUUACAGGCCACACUUCACUGUCCUACACCAACGCAGGUCUCACCACACUCUUGUAUAUCUUCCCUUAAGCUCUUUAUAUACUCAGUUUUCGACUUGCUAUCCCUCCCCUUUAAUAGCCCUUCUUCAAUCCUCCAACUUCUCCAAUUAUUUGCUCUUCUCUAUUAAAAUGAUAUAUAUCAACAAAGAGCAUUGACCAAAAAUUAACCCCUACCUUACCUUGUCGGUCAAUACAUCCAUAACAAGAUUAGACAGGUAGGCACUCAGACAGGUAUUAAUAUUACUCUUUUAUUUCAAAUAUAUAUUUUAAAGUAGGGGAAAGGUGGGCAAAAUGGGGUACUUAAGGUUUAAAUUGGGAUUUAAAAAAAACCUGUUUUUAAGGUCUUAAAAUAAGACAAAUAUCAUUGUUAGAGUAGUAACUAUUUAUUAAUAUAAUUUAAAUUUAAAAAAAGUCAAAGUUUUUUUUAUUAUAUGAAAAAACAGAAACUAAUGUAAAUUGCCCCAUUAUGCCCGUCGUAUAGGGUAAAAUGGGUUACCAAAUUGAAAGCAAGAAAAGCCUAUUGACAAAAUUCGCAUACAAGUACAGUGGAACCCCGAUAAGUCGGCCCCCGAUAACCCGGAAGUCCGGCUAACCCGGACCGAUUUUUAUCAGACAAACAUUACAACAAUAAAAAUGUAUGCCCUUUAUGCUGGAUUUUCCAAUUUCUUUUCAACAUCUUAAAAUAUUUUCUUUUAUCUUUCCUUAUAAACAUAUUGUUCGAAUGCUAUAAUAUCUUAUAUUUUUAUAAUAAACUUUCUUCGUAAAAAUUUGUCGCUUUAGCGAAUUCCUAUGUAGUUCAUUCGUUUCAAUUUUCAAUGUCAAACACAUUAUACAAUGAGAGAUAAUGCGUAUUUGUGUAAUUUGAUACAUAAUAUACCUUAGUAAAAAUGACUGGCAUGGCAGACAACGCUCAUUCUCGUGUUAUCGAAACCAACAGGCAUCUGUAGUAUCCUUUAUUUACUUGAAACUCUCUAGCAUUGUUUAGAAAAGACUAUUAAAAAAUUAUUUUUCAAACAAUGGACUUAGUCUUCACUUUUAUUAAAUAACAUAAGUUCGUUCUCGUUGCGAGACGGUAUUGUGUGUGUGUAGUAAAGUCGCAUUGUUCGUUCCGCGUAAAUAUAUUCAGAUUUUGUGUUUGCGUGACAGUUUGGACAAUCGGUGCAAAGCUAAGAAAGCUAAAAAUGAGACUCUCGACGACGCUUUGUAUGUGUGGAACGCGAACGUGGUUUACAAGUGUCUGUGUGCCAAUUAUAACGGAGUUUAUCUGUAAGCAUACCAUAUUUUAAUAAUUUUUACCAUUUUCUCCGGCUAACCCGAAUUUUCGAUAACCCGGAUCGGCCGCGGUCCCGAUUAAUCCGAGUUAACGGGGUUCCACUGUACUACUUCAUCAUCCUCAUCUUCUACACCUGCACAUGAAUUUUUAGCCCAUUUAAGGCAACUGAAUCAGCUUAUACAUCCUUCUGUGGAACUUGAAUAAAAGUUUCCGCAAAACCAGUUAAUGUCACUAUCUUCGCCUUCUGAAUCUGACUCUACUUUUUUAGUUUUACCUAUUCAAUUGCGAUUUCUUACUCGUCUGUGAUUUGGUUUGAUCAUCGGCUAUCUUACUUGGUAUGGUAAAAGGGUAAAGACUACCAAUAGGUAUGGUAAAAAGAGUACCCCAUUUUACCCUACCUAUCGGUACCUCAUUUUGCCCAAAGAGCAGAUUUUGAGAUUAUGACCUGUUUAAAUUAUUAUAAGUUUUUAUUUUUUAACAUAAUGACAAGCGAAUACUCUAGAACACAUUCACUGUUAGUUGGAAGUAAUGAUAUUAAAUAAUAAAUUGUUUUAGUAAUACUAAAGAUGGAUUAUUUUGCGGCCGAUAUUAUAACUUGGUUAACUAAAAACAGUAAAAACCCACAUGUACUCUUCACAACAAUUGACUAACAGUUAAUUAUAUCUGCUUUAUGACAGAAGGCGUAAACAGGCGUCUAUAAUAUAAUUUCAUUAACGUCGUAUAGAUGGAGUGAGUGAUAUUGAAAAAAAAAGGGGGUAACCCGUUUUAGGCAGCUACCCCGUUUUGCCCGCCUUUCCCCUAAUAAAAAAUAAUAAUUUUGUUGUAAAACGAAACCAAGAGAUGUUUUAUAUUUCAGUUGGUUCAGAGAGUGCCGUAAACACCCUUACCGGUUUCAAGCUCGUUGGCUUUCAUCAGGGAGUAUAUGUAUAUAUAAUUUAUUUGUUAUAAGCAAUGUUAGUGGCUUCAGCAUGAGUUGAUUAGUAUUUAAAUCUAAUGUUCUACAAAUGUGCCAAAUAUUUGAAAUUAGAAUGACCCUUAGCCAAAAUACUGAUAGAAAGAUUUCUAGAGUAGAGUCCAAAUAAAUACCGAACUGAUUUUGUAAUAAAUAUUUUACAUUUUUGAAAAAAUUAGUCAAGUAAGUAGGUAGAAGAAAGUAUUUUAUAUCUUAUGACCCUGAAGACAUCUGAGCACUAAUAGUAAUAAUAGGCUAUCUGACGUAUCUUGUAAAAGUACACCGUUAACUCAAUAUAACAACAAAUUAAAAGUUGAAAACAGUUAAAGUAAACAGUAAAACCAAAGAAAGCGUAUUUUUCUACUUUUUUUACUAAAUUCCGCAUAUUUUACUAUCUGUUCUUCUUCUUGUGAAGUGGCCUCUCCUCAAUGGAGGUUAUCUACUAUAAUUUCAAACUCUUGUCUGUCUUCGGCUGUUCUUAUUAGCUGCUCAAAAUUUAGCCCUGUCCAUUGUCGUAUAUUUCUUAGCCACGGCAGUCUUUUCCUGCCUAGUCCUCUUUAUCCCUCGAUCUUUCCUUUCACUAUUAGUUGAGCAUAUUGGUCCUUAUUAUUUCUGUGUAUUAUGUGGCCUAAGUACGAUGUUUUUCUAACUUUCACUGUGUUGAAAAGUUCUUGUUCCUUGCCUAUUCUAUGCAGCACUUCUUCGUUUGAGGUAUGCGAUGUCCAUGAAAUUUUGAAUAUUCUCCGGUAGAUCCGCAUUUCACCGGCCUCCAAUUUGGUUUUUUAAGGGUCCAAGUUUUAACUGCAUGGAAAAGAGUCGACCAGACGUAGCAUUUUGAUAAACGUAAUCGAAUUUUUAGUUUUAUUCGAGAAUCACAAAGCAGUAUUUUGAGUUUUUCGAAAGAUUUUCUGGCAUGUUCUAUUCUGGAUCUUAUUUUUAGAUCAGGAUUUAGGCUGCUAUCGAUCCAACACACCAAGUACUUAAAUUGAUUGACCUAUUCUAAAGGGUUAACUUUAUUUUUAAGGUUGCAGAUAAAAGAAGCCGGAACAUAUACAAUACUUUUUGAGUACUUUUGAGUAGAAGAUUUAUUGUUGACUGCUCAUGUAAGCCUGUCUUCAGGGUUAUAAGAUUCUGAGAUAAUCAAUAUCCAUUCCAUUUACGCAAUACACGACAUUCAAUUCCAUUUUUCAUUCACUAAUAUCGAUAAACGAUUAUAAUUCUGUAAAAAUUUUAAAUAACGGCUAAAUUAUUGGUAAGAUGUAUUAAUAGACCUGGAUCCCGCGUACCAAAAAAAAAGUUUAUUAAUAGCAAGCUGAAAGUUUUUUAAUAGCUUAACGGUGUCUAUUCGGACAAACUUUGAUGUAUGGGAACACUGGAACAGGAGAAGCUUUAAUUGUGGAACGUGAUUUUAAUUGUGGAACGUGUCAUCCUGACAAGUGACAAGUUUAUGAUUGUGAAAACUAGCAGGUUGUUUUUAAGUUUAUUCAAUAGAAAACUUUAUAUAAUAUAUGAAAAAAUGUUUGUCCGGCAAAUAUGUUGGGCAUUUUAAUAAGUCCGGCACGUUGAACAUGUCAAAUGACAGGAAUCAUGUUGGUUAGUAAUAGCAGUCUGAUUUUUGCAUGAGAGUUUAAUAAAAGGGUAACAAAUCAAUUGGAAGUUCUGUCCGACAAAAUCCAUGAUACGUUUUCGUAGUCUGAUGUUCGAAACCUGUAACCUGUUCCACAAUGAAAAUUUCCCCGGUUCCGGUGUUCCCGUACAUCAAAGUUUGUCCGACUAGACACCGUUAAGCUAUUAUUAACAAUUUUCAGCUUGCUAUUUAUAAACUUUUUUUGGUACCCGGGAUCCUGGCCUAUAAAAACGGCUGUACGACAUAUACAGGUUAGGUAUGACCAGGUUUUUCUAGUCAAGCAGCCUGCUAACAACGUUUUUACUAACGUUGUUUAGUGUUUCGGCUGUGAUUCCACCUAUCAAGACUUCUAAAUAUAAAAAAUAUUCGAUAGGUAUUAUGGCAUGACAUCGAUUUUUAGCUAUUUAGAUUCCAUAUAAAGAUAGUAGGCAAAUCAACAAGUAGGUAUCAUAUAAAAACUAUGCUUACAGACAUAUAGGCUAGGUUUCUCUAUAAGACAUCCUUACAAGCUACGAAUGGCUCUCGUUCUUCUUCUUCUUAGCCUUCUAUCGUCCACGUUUGGACAUAGGCCUCUUUCAACUCCUUCCAUCGGUCUCUAUCCUGAGUAACAUAUUUCCAAUUUGUUCCGGCUGCUCUUUAAUAUCAUCAACCCACCUCAGCUGUGGUCUUCCUCUCGGUCGUUUACUUUGGUAAGGUCUUUAAUGUUGUAUUGUUGCAUUCCAACGUUGGUCUUUUUGUCUAGCAGUGUGGCCUGCGAAGCUCCAUUUAAGUUUGGCAACUUUUGUUGUUAUGUCCUCGACUUUUGUUGUUGAUCUUACCCAGUCGUUCCUCUUUUUAUCUGACAGUCGUAUACCUAAUAUUGCUCUUUCUGUUGUGGCUAGUUUAUUCAUAUUUUCCUUGGUUAGGGUAUAAGUUUGAUCGACACCCAUGGCUCUCCUAUAACUCAAAAUAAAACUGUCUAAUCAUUUCACCUAUCAUAUACACGUCUAUUAAAAAGUCUAACCAUAACACUAAUAUGGUCUUCUUGUUUCAUUUUUAAGGGUUCAGCUGGAAUGUUGUCUGGCCUAGUUGCUUUCUUUGUUUUUUCUGAUUUUAUUACAUGAAGACCUUCAGAUAUUAAAAUUGCAUGCUCUUCUUGAUGUAGAAUGCUCUGUAUAUUUGGCCUGUUUUCUUUGAACAAUUAAGUUUACCCCAUAUUCACCAUCACCAGUCACCAUCACGUCAUCAGUGGCAUCACAGCUCUUUAUGAUCCAAAUCCUUCUUCAGAACAAUCCUCUAUUAGCCCCUGUCUCUGGCAACUCUUCUCCAUGCUCUAAUUCCAGUAUAUUUUAAAUCAUUUUCUAAGUUGUCUUGGUACCUAAGUCUCGAUCUUUCUCUUGCUCGUUGUCCUAUCGGCCCUCUUCUGUCAAAAACGUUUCUGACUUUGCCACCUUUCUCUCGCCCGAUUACAUGCCCUAUCCAACUAAGGCGUGCUACCUUAAUGAAUUUUACAACGUCAGUUUCUCCAAAACCCCUAUACAACUAAAAUUUGUAACGCCUGCGCCACAAACCUUGCUUUUAUUCCUCAUUAUCUUAGGAUUUUUCGCAGAUCCAAUAUCUGCUCCAAGGUAUGCCGUAACUCUACUGAUGGAGUUCUUAAAUCUUUUUUGAUUAUACAGCCUAUAAAUAAGAAUUCCCCUUAUUUACUUUAUUCGUCUAUCGGUUAAUUCCCAUAACCACCAGAACAUUAUUAUAACAUGAUCUUCCUAUUUCAACCUUUGUGUAGAUUAACAUCUUGUAUCAGAAAAUAUGCUAACCAUGCUGAAUGAUAAAAAAUGAUUAUACCACUAGCUUGGUUUACCUACUGUCCUCUAAAUGUCAACGCAUGCGCACUAUUCAGUAGCCGAAGUAUACUUGGCAAUUCAUUAUUUAAACAGCACAACUUGCAAAAAAUUUAUGUGUCAAAAAAUAUUAGCUCUGCCCGCUGAUGAUUUUCAUAUUGUUUUGACAGAUACGUAUAUCUCAGAAGGACUUGUACUGUUUGUCAAAAUUCGCAAUGACGGGCACAGUUACAUACACACUCACCGGUACAAUGAACCGUCCACCUUAUAUUUCUUUCAAUCUGCAGAAAUUGUUAAUCUUGGACCACAUUUUAUGAAGGAUGCGGUGAAAACUAUCUUUGAAGAAAACAAAACAAUAAAAUUAUUGAAAAAAGUCGUUUAUUAAGGUUUUUUGAGGUUGUCCCAGAUGUGUUCAAUUAAUGUAAAAGUAAGUAGUGUAAAACUUGAAUGUUGACCUCAUUAAGGUACUCACGGUUAAAUCUUGCGGUAUGGCAAAGUGCAUUGUCAUGCAUUAAUCUAAAGUUUUCACCAAUGAACGGUGCAACAGACAUGACAUUGUCCUAGGGAAAUUUUUUCCGUAUAUUUGAUAAUUCACACUGCCUCUAUCGAAUACAACAUGAUCAGUACAAGUUUCGUAAUAGAUCCCUCCCCAAAUCAUGAUUGACUCUUCUCGGUAAGCCACUGUUUCGGUCAUAUUGUAGUUCAUGAAGCAAAUCUUUCAUUUUGACGCCUGUAGACACGCUGACGUCCAUCUGAACAUCUUAGGGCUAUUCUGCUCUCAUCUGAGAACAGCUAUUCUUCCAAUCCGCCACAGUCAAGUCAGCAUAUUCUCGCGCAAAACCAACUAGCUUUACAGUGUUGAGGAUGCAGCUGUAGAGCGCCAACUGGGCAGAAAGCCCUCAAAUAUCUUUCUUCCAGUCUUCUUCUAAUGGUACGUUCACUAAGAAUAACAUCUCUCAACUCAAAAAGAUAUGUACGAGCUUCACGAGCGGUGCAAAAGCGGUUUCUCAACACUUUGCUGACAAGGAAGUGGGUAUUUCAGUACGCACUCCCGAUCUUAACCCAAUUGAACACAUGUGGUACAUCCUCAAAAAAUGGGUAAGAGCAAGAGUGUCAAGCCCCUACAUCCGUCGAAGACCUUAAGACCCCUGCGGUAGAGGAGUGGUACAAUAUCCCUCAAUCGGAUAUCCAGGAUAUCAUGAAUGGAUUUCCCAACUGGCUCCAAGAAGUCCUAAGGGGCGGAAUUUUCAACACCCAUUAUUAAGACUCAUAAUUGUUUUUAAUUAGACUAUGAUUUUCAAAAUAAACUUUAGCCAAAAAAAUAACCAUGUAAAAAACUCUUAUACAACCAGUGUUGAUAUAUGGAUCGGAGAUAUGGACCAUCUCCAAGGCAGAUGAAAACCUUCUGCUUAUAUUUGAACGUAGGAUCCUGAGAGGAAUAUUCGGUGGCAUCUGUGAAAAUAUUGUUUGGAGGAGGAGGUACAACUACGAGGAAUACCACAGAUAUAAACAUAUAUUUGGUGGUAAAGAUAUAGUAUCUCUUAUAAGAAUAGGAAGACUAAGAUGGGCAGGACAUCUAGCAAGAUCACAGCAGAAUAACCCUCCUAGAAGAAUCCUUAUGUCACAACCUAUGGGAAGUAGAAAUAGGGGUAGGCCAAAACUUAGAUGGAAGGAUGGUGUAGAUGAGGAUGGGAGAAAAAUAGGCGCAGCAAAACCGGCUACGGUUGGCAAUGGAUAGGACUGACUGGCGUAAUAGACUUGGGAAGGUCGAGGCUCUUUCAUAGAGCUGUAGCACCAUUGACGAUGAUGAUUUUCAAAAUUGUUUAUUUAAAUUUUCUUCGAAGAUUUUUAAACAUUGAACUUUUGCUAAGCAUCUAUUGAUAAACUAUUAAUUAGACUAUGAUUUUCAAAAUAAACUUAUAACCAUGUACCAAAAUCCUUAUACAACCAGUGUUGAUAUAUGGAUCGGAGACAUGGACCAUCUCCAAGGCAGAUGAAAACCUUCUGCUUAUAUUUGAACGUAGGAUCCUGAGAGGAAUAUUCGGUGGCAUCUGUGAAAAUAUUGUUUGGAGGAGGAGGUACAACUACGAGGUAUACCACAGAUAUAAACAUAUAUUUGGUUGUAAAGAUCUUAUAAGAAUAGGAAUAUUUUUAAAAGAUCUUAUAAGAAUAGGAGUAUCUCUUAUAAGAAUAGGAAGACUAAGAUGGGCAGGACAUCUAGCAAGAUCACAGCAGAAUAACCCUCCUAGAAGAAUCCUUAUGUCACAACCUAUAGGAAGUAGAAAUAGGGGUAGGCCAAAACUUAGACGGAAGGAUGGUGUAGAUGAGGAUGGGAGAAAAAUAGGCGCAGCAAACCGGAAACGGUUUUACAAUGAAUAGGACUGACUGGCGUAAUAGACUUGGGAAGGUCGAGGCUCUUUCAUAGGGCUGUAGCACCAUUGCUGAUGAUGAUGAUUUUCAAAAUUGUUUCUUUAAAUUUUCUAAGAAGAUUUUUAAACAUUGAACUUUUGCUAAGCAUCUGCUAUUGAUAACCUAUUUUUUUUUUCAAUAAUUUUAUUGUUUUCUUGUCCUCAAAGGUGGUUUUCACCGCAUCUUUCAUAAAAUAUGGUCCAAGAUUGACAAUUUCUGCAAAUUGAAAGAAAUACAAGGUGGACAGUUAAUUGUGCUAGUGAGUGCAAUUUACCCAAAAUACUUAUAUAAGUUGAAUGUUAUAUGUGUACAUACCUGUAAAUAUACCAUAAAAUUAUGUCUAUUUUCCCAUUAUGUAAGAUGUAGGAUUACAUUUACCUCUUACUGUUAAUAAAUUAAAUUAUUCUAAAUGUAAGUUACAUAUGUAUAAGGUGUUAAAACAAUAAAUAAAGAUGAUUUGAAAAUA